UUAGCAUACUUAGCCUUUAGGUUUGGGUUUGGUUACUGAUUCCCAGUUUAUCGAACUCAUAUCAAGAACACAUAAAAGUACAACCUUUGAACUUUCAAACUGAAAAAAAAAAAAAAAACAGAGUGAGCUUGAUCAGAUCAGAGAGACCAGUAAUGGAAACCCAAUCCGAUGGAAACGACGAAAACGCUCUACCCACCAUUAAAGAACUCCGUCAAACCUUAGAAACUCGCAUAAACACCCACCACGCCACUCAUCUCGAGCUUCUCUCAUCUCUUCAAGCUCAUAUCCAACCCAACAUUGUUUCCACCAUUGAUCUUUCUCUAAAGGUUGUAUCUUUAUUCGAAAAUCGUCCCUUUAUUCCCACUCCUCAACUCCCUCAACCUAAACCAAACCCCAGAAAAACCCUCGAAUCAACUCGCCCUGUUUCCAAGACCCAAAACCCUAAUAAUAAUAAACCCCCUUUGGGUUCGAAUUCGGAGAACGAGAAGUUUAGCAGCAGUAGCCCCAUUGAUGAGAGCGGUAGUCCGUUGUCUGUGGUUCGUUCGAUGGUGGCGGUUUGUUUGAUUGAAAGGGUUCCUUUUUCCCCAAUUGAUUCUUCGACUGUGUUGAGAAAAUUGGAGAAUGACCAGUCUGCUACGCCGUCGGAGAAGGCGGCGUUGCGUGAGUUGGGAGGUGAGUCUGGGGCUAUACUUGCUGUGGAAAUGGCUCUGAGAUCAAUGGCUGAGGAGAAUGGUGGGGUUGAAUUGGAGGAGUUUGUUGUUAGUGGGAAAUCUAGGGUUAUGGUUUUGGCUAUUGAUAGAACUCGGUUAUUGAAGGAAUUGCCUGAGAGUUGCCAGUACCAGCCACCCGAAUCGAAUUCGGUUGAUGGGAAUGGGAAUGGGAAUCAGAUGGUUGAUGUUAGUGGUGGAGUUUUUGGGAGACCAAUGCCAGACAUGUGGAUGGCCCCAAAUGAUCCACAUUUAUCCGGGUUUCCCCCGAUGUUUCCCGGGGGUGGUCCGGGAGGAAUGAUGGGUCCUAGGGGUGGUGGUGGUGGUCCUCCUAGACUUAUGGGGAUGAUGGGAGUGCCUAGAAUGAGUGUUCCUCCAUUUCAUAGACCUCCAUUGGGUCCUAAUGCUUCUGGCUCUAAUGGAAUGCCACAGAAGGGACUUAGGAGUGAAGAUGAUGAUUUGAAGGAUCUUGAGGCACUUUUGAAUAAAAAGUCUUUUAAAGAAUUGCAGAAAUCUAAAACUGGUGAGGAGCUUUUGGACCUUAUUCAUCGGCCUACUGCUAAGGAAACUGCUGUUGCUGCUAAGUUCAAAACUAAAGGUGGUUCCCAACUUAAAGAGUACUGCUCAUCCCUAACAAAAGAAGACUGUCGACGACAAUGUGGUUCCUUUGUGGCAUGUGAGAAGGUUCAUUUUCGACGAAUAAUUGCUCCACAUACCGACAUCAAUUUAGGAGAUUGUUCUUUCUUGGAUACUUGCCGUCACAUGAAGACGUGCAAGUAUGUUCAUUAUGAGCUCGAUCCAACACCAGAUGUGUCACCCAUGAUAAUGGGCGCUUCAGUUCUUGCACCUUCCAAACCGUUAAAGCCUCAGCGUGCAGAAUAUUGUUCACAAGUGGAGCUUGGUGAACCGCAAUGGAUCAAUUGUGACAUUCGUAACUUCAGAAUGGACAUUUUAGGACAAUUUGGAGUUAUUAUGGCAGACCCACCAUGGGAUAUUCAUAUGGAACUACCAUAUGGGACUAUGGCUGAUGAUGAAAUGCGAAAUCUUAAUGUUCCUGCACUACAAACUGAUGGUCUGAUUUUUCUUUGGGUCACCGGGCGUGCAAUGGAGCUUGGGCGCGAAUGUUUGGAUCUCUGGGGAUACAAGCGUGUCGAGGAGAUUAUUUGGGUAAAGACUAAUCAACUCCAGCGAAUUAUUAGAACAGGGAGAACUGGUCAUUGGCUGAAUCAUAGCAAGGAGCAUUGCCUCGUUGGAAUCAAGGGAGAUCCAAUAGUUAACAGGAAUAUUGAUACUGAUGUUAUCGUUGCAGAGGUUAGAGAGACAAGUCGUAAGCCAGAUGAGAUGUAUCCUCUGCUGGAGCGAAUAAGUCCAAGGACGAGAAAGCUCGAAUUAUUUGCUCGCAUGCACAAUACUCAUUCAGGGUGGAUGUCGCUCGGGAAUCAGUUGCAAGGAGUACGCCUAGUCGAUGAAGGCCUGCGAGCAAGGUUUAAGGCUGCCUAUCCCGAGGUGGAAGUUCAGCCUUCUUCUCCACCAAGAGCUUCGACUAUGGAUAUUGACUCCAAUGCAGCUCCUAUGAGGAGUCCAUUUUCCCCAACAGAGCAGCCAAAGCCAACCCCUGCUCAAUUUACAGAGCCUGCAGCUCCCGCAGCACCCUAUGCUGCGGCUGCUGCUUCCGAAGAUAGUAAGCCAAUGGGUGUGGAUGUUGAAAUGACUAGCUGAAGUAAACCACUAAAUUCAAUGUUGCAUCAUCAGCUAUGCCUUUUCAUACAGAGAAGAAAAUCAACAUUGUCCAGUUUUUUAUGGUCAAUUUCUUGAGAGCUUGAAGGAGAACCUUAUCAAUAUCAUUACAUUUGUUUCAAGUUGUUAUAUUAAUUUAUUCAUGAAGAGAAAGAAGAAAAGGGAAUAUUAACAAAUUAAUUGUAUAAGAGUUGUUAUUAGAUUAGGCCUGAUAUGUAAUACCAUAUUUUUGGUUAAAAUGAUGUAAAAGAUUUUGAUUAUUUAUUGCUGCUGUUAAUCCCUUUGCUCCACAA